AUGAUAAGUACCAAGGGAAAGUUUUGUAAAGAACUUUUUGAAAUACUUACGUCUGAACAUUCUGUUAAUCAAUUCAAGCUGACCAUUGCUCCUGAUGAGGAGAUAACGUCCAAAAACCAUUAUUAUAUCGACAAAAGUAAUGACGAAACUAGAGUUGAAGCAAUCUGUUUUAAAUCCACAUACGUUUCCAUUUUCAUGGAAGCACACAACUUUCUGAAUCCAGGGUAUCUGAGUCUUAUAGACAGUAUGUAUAGACUAAAGAAUAUGCCGUUUUUUAGUGUAAUUCAAAUUUACCGUACUAACAUUGUGACAGAUUUUGAUAAGCAGUACGAAGUUUACGUAUUCACAAUAGGAUUAUUACUGACCACUACUGAAAAUAAGACAAAUCUAAACCUUCAUGAAGAGAUUUUUUUGAAAUUACUGUUGAAAUUAGAAAAAACAAGUUCCUCUUCACAAAUAAUAACCUUUUUUGAGAAUGAACUCAGGGUAGUAGAAAGGUUGUUGAGCUCUUCAAAUAAUAAACUAAAUAAAUCAUCUUCUUUAUGGUACUUUUACAGAAAAUUGUACGUCCUAUCACAGAAGAUACCACUGUUGAGCCAAAGAACUGAUAGGGACAUUAUUAUUAAGACGCAUAUCUAUUCUGCAAGCGAGCACAGAUCUAAUUAUUACUGCUGGAAUACAGCAAGAUGGUUUUUCUAUUUGUUUCCCCCGUCUUCAAAAGAAAUUUUCCUCAAGGCUACUGAGAAGUUUUGUUUUGCAAAUACUAACGACUGUUCAGCCUGGAGUGCAUUGGGUUAUAUGGUCAGCAAUGAUGUAAUUGAGCAAAAAUUUACUUUUGAAAAUUAUAAAUACAUUGAAGGAAAAUAUUCAGAGACUUUUCCUGGUACUACAUCGCUUAUACAAUCAAAUUUUGGCAUUGAAAUGCAUUCCUUUUCAGAAAAAGUUGCUCAAUUCAUAGAUAAGUUAGAAGUCAAGGAAUGGCCGCCAUUCCUUUGCAUAUUGAAAAUUCUACACUCUAUUCCAGAAGAAUCUCUGCAAUCUACUUCAUUCGUUAAUAGAUGGAAGAAUGAACUUAACUCCUUCGAGGAAAAAAAUAGGGUUGAUUGA